AUGGAACUGGACUUGGAAAUGCCUACUGGCCCAACGCAAGAUCUGCUAUUCACCGGUUUCGAUAAUUUGGACUUCAACUCCAACCUUGAUUGGCUUUUGGAAACGACAAGCUCAGAAAAUCUACAAUGGGAAUCAAGUCUCUUUGAUGCUAGAGGAUUUCCUGAUGGUGGAACCUUUCAACAUCAUAACCUGUCGGCAGCCCAAAUGAUAUCUCUCUCGUGCACGGAUCACUCCUAUGAACCCACUAAUGCUGGCAAGAAAGAUGCUGCGUCUCGGUCUGAGGAUCCAUUUGGCGGCCUCCUGAUCCCUCAACCACAGGCCACCCGCAGCUAUGGAGACCCGUGGCCGCUUGAGACUCCCCGACCUCCACAAAGACACAUAACACUGCCAGCGUUGGGCACAACAGCGCAAUCAACGGUCCCAACAGAUCGCUAUUAUCACCUAAAACCCACAAGUGAUGAGACUUGUUAUGCUCUUCAACGGUGCAUCCACCUGCCUUUCGAUCACAAUGUUUUACAGUCUCUCAAUCUUGAAUACUUCCCUUCCAAAGAGAAGUUGGAUCAUUGCAUCGAUCUGUAUUUCGCACACUUUUCACCCACGCUCGCCAUCAUUCACCUGCCAACCUUCGACCCUGCUGAGGAUCUCGUGGUGACUUUGGCAGUGACCUGUAUCGGAGCCUGUUACACUGAGUUUGAUGGCGCACAAGCAUUCUCUACGACGCUGUCUGACCUCAUUCGUCGUCUUCUAGUCUUCAUGGCUGAACAUGACCAUCGAUUCGUUCGGACGCGGUCUUAUCUCACCACACGUUUACUUCAAGGAGUUCAUGGCUACUGUAGUGGAAGUCCACGGCUCUUCGAGCUCAGUGAAUCAUGCCGUAGUGGAUUGCUUCAUCACGCAAAAUGUAUGGGGAUCUUCUCACUGGAGAGCAGUCAGGCCACACCCUCUGUGACAAGCUCUCUUGACGAGAGGUGGCGAUCCUAUAUUCGUCAGGAGACAAUACGGCGAUUGGGAUGGGCUAUCUACAAGUACGAUACCUCGGUUGCUUAUUUACACAAUAAUCGACCAUUUCUGAGCUGUGGGGACAUGAAACUCAAACUUCCUGGUUCGGAUGACCACUGGCAAGCUGAGACUGCAGAAGCUUGGGCAAGUCUGCAUCCGUGGUCUCGAAAUAUGCCCUCGACAGUACAGUUACGGCCCCUGCUUAAAUCACUAUUCGAUGGUACUGCCAUUUCCUUCGAGAAAAUUCAAGAAGAGGAUCAUCUUUCCAUCAUUAUUUUGACGCUGCUUAGGAAGCUCUGGACAUUGAAGGAAAAUCGAUCAGACCCAACCAUUGAUAUUACUAUCCAGUCUAACUACGAGCACGAACGUCUGGCACUGUUGCAAACAAUCGACCAGAUGAUUGCUCCAAUUCCGAAUAUACCCGACACACACACUAGACCAGAGAUGGAACGUUUGGUACAUCGAACUCAGUUAGUCCACGUUGCACAUCUUUAUGGUGCUGGUGACUUGAUGAACUUGAUUUUCCCUUAUCUCCGCGACGAUACAGAGGCAGAACAGAUAAGCAUACGCAUGGAACAGUGGGCGAAGGAGGACACAAAAAGAACGAGAGAGGUGGCAUUCCACAGUUCCCAGCUCAUCGGCCUCGUUAGGCGGUACCCCAGUCAGAUGCCUCUGCAGUCCUUCAUCAUAUUCCAUGCGGGCGUCGUGCUAGCUUGUAUGUCCACAUUACUUCCUCAAAUUGAUGCUACCUUGCGGGGUCCUUCACUCCAGCUCGACGAGCUCGGAGUCAUUCCUACAAGUGGCCCCAGCCGACAUAUGGAUUGGAUCGAUACCGGUGGUAGUGACAAGCCAAGUCUGUUUGGAAUUCCGUCAUUGUGUUGCCCUAAAGGAAGGCAACAAGUCCUGAAUCAAACAGCGUCAUUACUAAAUCGGCAAAAGAGCUGGGGUAUGGCCCAUAGCCUCGCCAAGGUAAUUACGUCCCUCAGUACACGCCCCGUGGCCAAGAAAAGAAAGACAUAG